AUGAGGAAGUUCGGGCCCAUCCUGGGUGGAAUUGCGCUGCUGCUAAAGCCAGCGUUGGGUCAACAAAGCAGCUGCGACGGCUACACUACUACCAUAGUUGCAGAAAGUGCUCCCUCAUUGACAUUGUCCUUUGUGGCCAACACUGUUACCGGACUUUUUCGUGGUCAAGUGGUGUACGAAGGAAAUGGCUGGGUGGGAUUUGGCAUCAACCCAACAGGUCCUAACAUGGUGGGUGCGCGAGCUGUCAUCCAACAAACAUCUGGAAAAGCAAACUACAAUCUGGGUGGAUACUCAGUCCCGGCCGUGACUGUCAUUGAUGACGAUGAAUACCCGGCCGAACCUUGGGAAUGGAAUGCCACCCAUUCGGUUUUGACAUUUGAAGUGCCACUCGAUAAUGGAGAUUUCUCCAUUGACACGACAGGAGCUGACAAUUAUUUUGUGGUGGCCGGUGGAGCCUCUGGAACCCUUGGCUUUCAUGCUGCUCGGAGUCCCAUUGUCACUCCAGUUACACCCUGUGGUGGAGGAACAGCCAUUGUGCAAGAGACGGAAUCAUCUGUUGCAGACCUGUUCUGUGUCCAAUCCACAUUUGAAAUCUUGAUAGACCCAGACUACGCUGCUGGUGAAACCGUGUGGUCUCGUGGAUACACCUUGGACGACGCUAGUAAAGCACUUGUCAUUGAAGAAGGCCGUCGAAUUGGAAAUUGUGAUACCUGCACAAGUGGAGAAACGGGACAGAUUGCUGGCUUUCGAAUCCGUGUAGAGGCGACUGUCUUGGUGGCCGAGCGCGACUUGGCCUCGGGAUCUGGUCCCCUACUUUCCAUUAAUUCGUUGGAAUCGGUUGGCCAAUAUUCAGUGGGACAACUCAUCCAAGUGGAGGGGUACAUUAUGGAUCAGUUCUGUAUUGACCGAGGGGCUUUCUUGGACACGGGGCUUCCUCCUUUGGCCAAUGCUGACAAUCAUACAGUUCGCUGUCUGGUCGACCCCCCUCCGUGUAUUGCUUCUCCCUGGGAAGUCCUCAUUGAUCCUGUCUCAUCGGGUGGGAACUGGACUCGUGGAUUUACAUUAGACAACGAUAGCAAGCAGAUUUUGGUGGAUUUGACCAAGCAGGUGGGAGACUGUACAACAUGUACCGGAGAAGGGACACUCAAGGAAGGAUUCCGGGCAAAGAUUACAGCCACCAUCGUGGACAACCAGCGCAAUCUCACAUCUGGAUCUGGCCCUCUCAUUUCGGUCAGUGAGGCAGUACCAAUUCUUCCCAUAAGUGGCGCCUGCGAUGAGCAACCACCAAUUACUCUGACAUUUGAUGAAUCACUGUUACCUACGAGCUGGGCAUUGACGAAGAAACUGAAAUGGGUACUUUUUCAGCAGCUAUUGUCUAUGAAGGCUUGGGAUGGUUUCCUUGAGGAACCCAACAACAAUAUACCCAUCACGAACAACGGUGACAACAAUUUUCUCGUGGCAGUUGGAUCCAGCAAUGAUUUUGGCUAUCAUGCGUCCCGCCACACCUUCACUGAAAGAAUUACCUGUGGAGACGUAGCGGGCAAUCCGCCUACCAUUCCUGCUACUCCUUCACCAACUACAAGGCCAUCGCAAAGGCCCACCUCACGACCUUCUCCUUUUCUAACAACUCCUCUGCCCACAAAGGCCCCAACGACUGCACCAGUGACCCCUUUGCCUUCUCCUGGGCCAUCAAAGAGCCCUACUUUGCAACCCUCUCCAUUUACAACUCCCCAACCAACCAGUUUGCCUACAAGCAUGGCACCAACAGCUGCCAUAACACCAGAACUUGGCCCAAGCUCUCUCCCCACCAAAGUAACUGAAAUAUCAACAAUCGCAACUCCCCAGCCAACAAUUCAAACCCCGCAACCUUCAUACCAACCGGUCCUUCCGUCCUCCGAAUUGCUACCAAGUCAGACUGAACAAACACAAAUGCCAUCGUCAAGUCUAACGCAAGGGCCGUCAACAAUUCCCGUGAACGACCUUCUUGAAGCAUCCAUGUCUGGUCUAAGCAUGACUCUUUUUGGUGUUGCAUCACUUGGACUUGCUGAUGUUCAGAAUUGGGAAGAAGCCGCUGCAUUGCAUUGCCAGCGUGUUCUUGUUCAACAGGACUCUAUCAUUACAUACUCUACAACCUUCCAAGUUUCAAAUGUGCAAGACAUUGUCCGUGGGCGUCGCCAUCGCCGUCUGCAGGAAACUGUGACUUUGGAAUACAUUCAGAGCAUAUCCUACUUGGCAUCUGACCAGGUUGACCUUGACUACAUGUUUGCUUUUCCAUUUGAUGACCCUGAUUCCAAGACAGCUUUUGUGGAUAGUCUGAAGACCUAUGGUGGCGAACUCAGCAAAGUUGGGUACGUCUCCGAUGUGACCAUCCCUCCAGACGACAGAACUACAGCCCCUCCAGCACCCAGCAACGAGUCUGAAGGUAGUUCCUCGGUGGUGAUUAUAGUCGUCGUUGUUGCGGUUGUCUGUUUGCUGGCAGGAGCAGGCGCCUUUGUACUCUGCAGGCGCCAUUCCCUGGCUCCUUCCAAAAACGAACAGACUUUUCAAGGCUCUGCGGACAAAACAAAAAGUACCGAGGCAAUUCCGGGUCAGAGCAGCAGCCAUGAAUCGGGCAGAGUGGCCCACCAACAAACACAUGCUGUUGCUACUUCAAUGCUGGAGAUUCCAGAUGCUCCCACCGGAGGGGCUGUGUGGUCCCAAACGAUGAUCAACCUCAAACGGGACGGAGUACACGAUGCUGCGAAUGAUGACGAUGAUGUCCCAAUGACUAUAACAGCCGUUCCCCACCCUGUCCCGGUGCCUCCAUCAGAGGCUCUCGAUGGAAAGAGAAGGAUCAGUGAUCGUUCGGAGCGUCGGCGCGGCGACAGACAACAAGCUGACACUGUCCCCGUGGCAAAAGCAAUCCCUCUGGAGUCAAUUGACCCGCCUGCCGAUCCUCCAUCAUCGAAUCAGGGAUACCAUGCGGAAAAAGCACUUCUCUUUGAUGAUGAUGAUGACAACGAGCAAGCAUAA